GUCAACAAUGUUGCGGUAGCAGUGACUUAAAAUAGAAAUGACACACCUUCCGUGUCCACUAAUGCUUCUCUUAGGAAAACCCGACUUCCUCUAACUAGAUGAACAUUUUAAAAUGUAUGUAGUGGUAAUUUGAACAUAAUAAAGUUGUCAUGACCUGCAUCAUGUUCAUUUUAGCUUGAUAGAAGUAGCCGCAGCUCUAAUAAUUGUCAACACUGUGAGGUUCGGGAAAGCCCUGUUAGGUUCCUGGUCGGUUGUGCAAUUCUGACAACUAUACACAUUUGGCAAAGUAUUGCAGGCUAUUAUUUUAAUCAAUUCGUCAGAAAUGGCGGUUGAAACAUCGCCAUCUCAAGUAUUGGACUUGCUUUUCGACGAGGACUGUGGUGUUCUGGCCAGAGAACUUGACCAGGGUCACAUCGAACCACCCAAUUUUGGAGAUUUGGACUUACUGUCUGGUGACUUUUUUGAGCUGUUACAAGAAGACCAACUUACUGACACUAUUCACUAUGAUGACAAUGCCAUGAACCAGUCCAAGAAGCAGGCAACAUCAUGGACUUCCAAAAUUCACAGUGACCAUGACUACUAUGCCCACCAGUCACCCAGCGCCCAUAGUGAUAGUGGGGUAUCCUUGAACUCAUUAGAAGAAUCACCACCUUUGCCCCCUGUGGCUGAAGAUCCACAUGAAAAAGCAGGAAGUGAUUAUCUCUUGGAUUCUUUACAUCAGUCUGUAUCAAGUCCAGUUACAUCAGAAUCAGUUUCAGACUCAAGUCCAAUGAGGCUGGAGGACUUUGAUUUCAGUACCUUCAUGGACUUUGGUGAUACAGACCACAGUCAGUGCCUGGACAUGGAAAAUAAUGAACUUGAUCUGGCAACUAUCAACAACACUGAAAUUUCUAUAGAUUUAGAUUUCACCAAGACUGGAAAUGGAAAAUCAGCUAUUAUUUUUGUGGAUUCUAACACUCACUCAGCAUUACAUUCUUUCUCAAAUAACAACACCAGCAGUGACAGCGACAGUUUGCCAUUCACUGUGAAGGAUCUUCGGAAAGAUGCUGCAAGCUCGUUGUACGAGUCCAAGAGUUUCCCAGAGCUUCGCUUGACAGAUGAAGAAAAAGAACUUCUGGCAAGGGAGGGAGUGAGCCUUCCAGCCAACAUGCCUCUUACAAAGGAGGAGGAAAGAGCACUUAAAGCUGUGAGGCGAAAGAUCAGGAAUAAGAUAUCUGCUAAAGAGAGUCGUAAACGAAAACAAGGAUAUGUGGAUGGACUAGAACAAAGGGUGAAAAUUUGUACACAGGAAAACCAACAUCUGCAUAAAAAAGUAGAGACGCUAGAGAAGCAAAACAUGUCUUUGUUGAUGCAGCUGAAGAAACUUCAAACUCUGGUUUCCCACAGCAGCAAAGGACCUGUUCAAACAUCCACAUGUGUCAUGGUAUUGGUGCUGUCAUUUGCUCUUCUUAUCAUUCCUAACUUAUCUCCCUUUGGUGGGGAUGGUAAUGAGAAACACAUACCGGCAAAAUCAGUCGGCAGAGGUCAAUCUCGGAACUUGCUGGUCAGUCCCGAUGAGCCAUCCAAGAUGAGUCUCCAGCUGCAUGACACAGACUCUGAUCCAUAUGGAGUAAGCAACAAGCCAGGACUCCCAUGGGAACGUCAGACUCCUGUUUUUUAUGUUUCCAAGAAACCUGAGCAGAUGCAGUUUCAAGACCAAUCUGAUAUUGUCAACAGCACUGAGAUUAACAUGGUUGUACGGGAUUCUGUUUUGAGCUUGCCUGAAGAUCAUACUACAUCAGAAGCUAAUGCAAGGGAAGGUGUGGCACCAGUUCGAACAGCUGAAAAGGACGGCACUGCCCCAGGUGAACUUCCGGUUUCCACUUAGAGUAUGACAGGUCAGGAUCAGUCACUGGUGACUACUAACUCUGCUGUUACUUUGCUCGUUAAUCAAGCAGCUGACUGUCCUUGUACUGCUCCAGAUUUAUUUUAAUACAGUUCUGAGAUGUCUAAAGGUCACAAUAAAACCAAAACAGCAUAUCUUGACAUUUUCCCUGGCAUUUAAAAAAAAAUUAACAACUAAGAGAUAUGGUAGGAAAGUAUCUUACUUUUCUAAACAUCCUUGCUGCAUAGCUUUUCUUCCAUCCAGCAUGAAGAAUAACAUGAUUUUUUUUAUAAUCUCAUCUUAAGCUUGUUCAGUUUCAUUCACUGUACAAAAGUGUCUUUUGUCAGCAAACUGGUCUGUCUUGCUUGAGAAAUAGGCAUAUGAUAAAAAGAGUCAAAAAGAAAACAAUUCAACAGCUGAUUAUGAAAAAUUCAAAUGGAAUGAAAAAAGGUGGAAGAAAGUUUGAGGUGACAUUUAAAAAUUUUUUUUGUUCAACUAAGUAUGAUCUCAGUUUCUUUUAAAUAGGUCUGAAUUACUGCAGUGUAAAGAAAUGGAUUGACUUUGUGCGGUGAUAAAUAAUGGCACUUCUUAUGAAUUUCCUACAUGCUUACUUGGUUUCAUUGUGAUGUAGGCAGCACCACUGUUCUGGAGUACUUGAUACCCCUAGCCCUACAAAACAAUUGUAUUGUUAUACCGCCUUGUAUUAUAUCUACAGGUUCAUUCGCUCACUCUUUCCAUUUUGUCAUAUUGUCAUACACUCUCAUCUAUCCCUGUAGAUUCUCAUAACUAACUCCUCACUAAUACCUUACGUCCUCUUGUUGGUAACCAGUCAUCAUUUAAAAGAGCUUCUCUGUCUCAGACAGUUCUAACAUGAGGCUAUAACAGACAGGUGGAGUAGUGUGUGACUGAGGCCAUAUUUCAUAUCUUCUUUGGGUUUACCAGAUACUCAUGACUGGUUGUACAACAGCAGCUUAUAUUUGUGACCUAUAACUACUUGAUCUGGUCUUGUUCUGUCAUUUAGCCAAGUCAAGAUUUAAACAAAAAUUGUUUAUAAAUUAAAAAACAUCAGGUGAAGCUGGCAUGUUUAAACUAGAUUAAUUCUGAACCAUGCAUUCCACAGUGAUCACAUUAUCAAUGAGAUAUUGAUGUAGAUAUUCAGCCAGUUUAAUGAUAUUGCACACAUAUUUUAGACUUAAGAUUUGUUUGACAUUUUUCUUCAGAUAAUUUACAAAUAAAUUGUUUGCAGGUGUAAAACAAUUAAUCAAAUGAAGUUGGAAAACUGUAUUUCUUGUUAUACUCCAAUUACCAAACUGAGCCUAAACUUUCCAGAGCCCAACAUUCAGUUGGCUGAUGGUUAAAAACAUAGGUUUUACAUAGAGACAAGGCUGUACUCCAGAAACACAAGAUUUUCUAUUGCAGUAGGUUUGGUCACAUAAUAUCUUGUCUGAUCUUUCAUUUGAGAAGUCUAAAGAAGAUUCUAUGCCACCAUCAUGAGAAAAUUUAGCAAACUUUGUUGAAAACUGUCACAUCAUCUCAGUCAUACAUAAACUCAACAUUUUCAGCAUCACUAGUUAGCACUGCUGUGAAAACAAGAUCAUUCAUUCUAAGUAUUGCAAAAUGAUUAUCACAAAUGAGUGUAUCCAUUGUCACUGAUUAUUUUAAAUGCAACAAAACAUUGUAAAAUGUAAAAUAACAGUAGUGUUCAGGAGUGCCCAGAAAUUGUUAAAAUUGUGUUCUUAUAAAGCAUAAUGUAAGUGUAAAUGCACUUGUAAAUAGUAAUUCUUUAAUCUUUUCAAUUCCUUUCAUGGGGGAAGGAGGAGAGUAAGCUAAAUAAUAAAGUGAGAGAGAGAGAAACUGAUCCCAUGUUUCUUUUUUGAAAAUGUUAUCAUAUCACGAAUAAAAAGUGUCAUUAAAAUUACAUGUGUGAACCUUUUACCAAUUUGCAUAUAAACAUAGAUUUUUGAGAGUCUGUGCAAUGAAUAAGUACAAAAUUAUAUAAAUGGAUUAAUAUAUGUAUAAAAUUGUAAGAAUAUUUUGUUUUCAAUUUAAACUGAAGAGGACAUUGUAUUUGAUAUUGGUUGUUUCAGUUUGCUCUGUGUGUGCCAUUUUUUAAAGAAAAUAAAAUGAUAUAACAAUAA